CUUAGCAGGGUUGUUCGGCUGUACUGAUGCUGUUUGGUAACUGACUAGCUGUGAAGGCACGUUUGUGCUGUUUCACUACUUUCACCUAAAAGUUUAUUUCAGAGACUAUUAGAGGAAUGAUAGAGGAGAUAAACAGUGGCGCUAAACUCAGCUUAAGUAUUAUAGCUGCUUGUGAGUCGUUGCGAACCUUAAACCGACCUGCAGCAUCUUUGCUAAAAUCUCGCUAGCUGCCUGAGAAAUCUGGUCCUGUGGGGAGCAAGAGGAUGCCAACAGCAGGUGAUGCCCAGGUUACCCAGGCAUGGCUGCGCUCCACAUGGCAGGUCCAGGUACCUCAAACUUGGCUGGAUGCUUGUGUGGAAUGGGUCCUGGAGGAGGCGGCAGGUGCAGCCGUGCCUCAAGCCAGACUCAACCAGCAAGUUCUGGAACAGUGGCUACUCACUGACCUCCGUGACCUCGCCCAUCCCAUCCUGCCUGUUGGUGUUUCCGAAGCCGAGAAGAUGGAGCUGAAUGGCUGCUACUGCCUACAAGUGGACUCCCUGCUGGACGUCAGUCAGCCGGCCUACUCUCAGCUGCAGCGUGUUCGUGGUGCCGACUGUACCAACGAACAGGUCACUGCCGUGACACAGGCCACCCAGAAGCCGUGGGAGGCUAAGCCCACGCGCAUGCUGAUACUACAACUCACUGAUGGGGUGCAGAGCCUGGAGGGAAUGGAGUACCAGCCCAUCCCAGCCCUUAACUCCAGUCUGCCUCCGGGCACCAAGCUCCAGGUGGUGGGAAAGGUGGUGGUGCGUCUGGGGGUGCUGCUGCUGAAAUCAGAGAAUGUGAGGGUUCUCGGUGGGGAAGUGGAGCAGUUGGUGGAGAGACAUUCUCAGGCCAGAGUGCUCUGUAGGACUCUAGGGUUGCCUGAGGAAAACCAGAUGCAAGGAGCAGAACCAAAUGAUCAGGAGCUCCUUGCUAGUGUGGAGGCUGUGGGGGAGCGUCAGAUAGGAGGGGCAUCUGUCGACAGUGGUUAUGACAGCAAUGGCGGCAGCCUAAUCUUAAGAGCUUCUGUGGGACCUCAGCAGUCUUACAGCCAUCAGGUAGAGCCUUCCCUUCAGGUGACAACUCCUUUUAACAGCCACAAUUUGGAUGAUUCUCAAGAUGAUGACAUUCCGGAUAACUUUGACUAUGUACCUGAGGACUUUGAUGACAUUCCAGAGAACUUUGAUGAUAUUCCAGAAAACUUUGGCAAUGCCCCAGAGGACUUUGAUGACAUUCCGAUGGAAGAACUGGACAGCAUGAUGACACCUACAGAGACAGAGGUCUUUCCCAGGAAUGGAGCAAUGGAAUUUGGUGGGAUGGAACAACCGACCAUUCCAAGCUCAGACUCAGGAAGGCUAGCCAGCCACGUCAACCAGCCCACAGCUGGAGGACGAAGCCACCUUAGUUUUGCCUCUGGAACUCCUGUCAAUGAGCACAACAGUUACCGUAGAGGAUCCACAGAUCAGAUGGCUGUAAUUGGUGAUUUAGAUGGCUCCUUCUCCUCCCCAGAACCAAAGAUGGCCAGAUAUGAUCCUCUUUACAGUAGCACUCAAAUGGAAGCACAGGUUUCUGCACAUAAACAUAGUAAUAAAGUGAGUGCUGACAUGUCUGUCCUCAACUACCUGUGCAUUUUGCAGGCUGGUGUUUGGCUGCCCUCUACUGUUCAAGUUGUGCGACUGCAGGCCUUUAUUGUCACCCUGCUUGGAAACCUGCGCAACAGUGGCGGGGAAUGGAAACUUGGAGCCACCAUAUCGGACGGCACUGCAUACCUAGAUGUGGAUCUGUGUGACACUUUGCUAACUAAUCUGAUUGGCUUCUCGGCGACAGAAUCCAGGACACUAAGGAAGGACCCAGCAAUGCGCGGAGUGGUGGACGCUGGAAUACAGAACUGUCAGAGGGAGCUGGUGGAUAUGUGCUGUGUGAUGAAUGUACGGUUGGAGCCAUCGGGGAAAAGCGUGCUACUGAGAACUGAUCCUUUAACAGACAGAGAGUGCUGUGAACUGCAGAGGAGGGUAACGGAGAGGAGGAGUUAAUACAGAAAAGCUGCUACCUUAAUGGAAUUCUGUGCCUAAAGAUGCUGUCUUGGUUCUUGAUGAAUGGACGCUAGUAGGGGACAGUAACCAUUAUAUAAGCUAAAGAGGAGUUCCCCAUUUCUGUAUAAUUAAUUUGUUGACUUGUAAACAGUCAUUAAGAGGUGAUGAUAGGAAUCAGACAUCUGAAGCUCCUUCACAAAAAGUUAUUACAUUACAAGACAUUGUUUAACGAAAGCUUUCAUAUAAGGUUUUGGUCAAAAAUGUUUUUUUUUUUUUUCAGUCCAUUCAUAAUGGAGAGGUACAUGCGUGGCAUUAUGAGGCAAAAUAAUCCCCCAAAGAAAGCUUAUGUGUUCAGAUUUACUGCUACUUCGACAUUUUCAACAUUGCUUAUAAAAACUCAGACACAUGUAGGUUCACUGGUGGUUUUGGGUAGUUAAAUGGCUAUAUCUGUUCCAUAGCUAUCACAGCAGCUCCUUCCCAUCACCACUUCUGUAAAGAAAUUAGUCAGUAAAUUACUCUAUAAUGUGCCGUUUCACAGCAAAACUCUCUGAAUGUCUUUGUUUAGAUCUCAAUUCCCCUUUGAAUUAUGCUAACGGCUUCCCAACCAGCUUAAACUUGGAGCCAUGUUAGAA